AUGUAUUGUAAUCAUUCAUGUACAGAAGGUCCACAACAAAAUAAGUUUUUAAUAAAUUUAUUAUGGGAACACUUUUAUGAAAAAUAUGGUGUUGAUUUAUUAUCUACAAUAGAUAUUAUGCCAGGAACAUUGUCAAAUGAUAUUUCAUGUCGAAUAGCUCAUAUUCAAUGUUUAGUAGAAACUUUAAAACAAAGAAAACCUAAUGUGUCUUCCAUUCCUGGAGAUAUACAGUUCGUAAUCGACCGUGGUAUUAAAUUAAUCAACAGUUUAAAAGAAGUGAAAAAUGUAUCCGACGAAAUAAAAGCAAAAGAUGAUAGUGACAAUGAUUUAAAAAUUUGUUGCGAGAAAUAUAUAAGUCUAUUAAAUGGAAAGGAUGAUGCCAAAAGAGAAUGUGAAAGUUUUAUUGAAAUAUGCGAAACAUUGUUAUAUUACAUUGAAAAUGCUGAAUUUGAAAAUUAUUUUCCAUCCUUAAAUCAGUUGAUGAACACUUGGGAACGUUCAUUAGUGGAAAAAAAAGGAUUUGAACCGAAAGUCAUUCAAGUUUUUAAAUCGUUUGAAAGCGAUCUGAAACGUAUUGUUCUUCCAACUUUGCCAUGCAGGAUAGGUUUUAUUGGCGAAAUGAGUGCAGGCAAAACUUCACUAUUGAAGUGUCUAAGAAACAUUGAUUGUUAUGACACAGACAAUUCAAAAACAGAAAUAGCUACAGACAGAAGAAUUCUUUCUCCCAUUCGUGUUGGUAAAAGUACAUUAUGUCAACUCGAAUUCGACACUCAGUACACUGAUGGAACAGAGGUUAUCUUUGUUGAUAUUGAAGGAUCAACUGAUUAUGACACUGAUCUAGAAUCAGGAAAUUAUUUUGACGAAAUACGAAAAGCAGAUUGUGAUUUAUAUAUAUUGGUAUUUGACAACAGAUUUGCAGAUAUGCAUAAAAAUUGGCAUAAUUAUAUUGUAAAGGAAUUAAACCGUGAAUGUUGGUUAGUACGAAAUAAGAUUGAUGAUUUAUUUCUUCGAACAUUCAAAGAAGAUGUUGGCCAAGAGUUCAAUUCAUCUAGUGAAGCAAAACGAAAUCGAUAUGCGGAAAGAAUAGUUAAACGAAUUCGAGAAUCUGUUAGCUCAGGCACUAAUGGAAUAAAAUUAUAUUUAACAUUUAGUUCUUGUGAUACGGAUGCGCUUAAUGAAAACCUAUCGAAAGAACCUUAUGGAAAAUUCGAUCUGGAAAAAUUAAUUGAUGAUAUCAAAAAUUUGCCACACAAUUUUCAUGCAAACCGUCUGCAAAAAAUGUGUGUGACUGCAACUGCUAAAAUUAUUAAUAACUGCUUUCGUCGUGGUUAUGUUGUCAAUGUUAUGAAAUAUAAAGUAUUUGCUGGAGUAGCUGCUGUGGUACCAUUUGCUGAUUUAAUACCAAGGUAUUUAGGACGCGAAGCAAUUCGUCAGGCCUUUGGAGUCAACAGCCGUUCACGUUUCAUGGUUUGGUGGACAGGUCAAAAAGAUGAAUUGAAAGAAUAUUUGGAGAACUUUAAUAUUGAAAUUGACCAGGAUAGUUUGACAACAUCAGCGUUUAAAAACACAUUUCAAUUACGAAGUCCUGCAAUUGAAACUAACAUAAACGCUGGNCCAUUUUGGGCCUUCUCCCUUCAUCAGUAA